AUGCAAGUGCUUCUCCAAGCAGGCGCGGCCAAGGACGCGACGACCUGUGAUGGUCGGACACCAGUCCAUGUGGCAGCAAGCCGUGGUGACAUGGCGAUCCUGGAGGAGCUGCCGCGAGGGAUGCGCAGGACCAAAGCGGCCAGUGCCCCAGCUUGGAAAGUCAUGAACUACAAGAUCUGUGGCCUGUCACGUUGGAAUUUGCAGAUUGGCACCAUGCCAGCAUCCAGCAGCAGCAUCCACAACAAGAUUUGUGUGCAAGUGGGUUGGACUCCACUCCAUUGUGCAGCCCAGUAUGCUGACCUGGCAUGCCUGGAUGCGCUUCUAACAGCUGGCGCGAUCAAGGAUGUUCAGGACAACUGUGGUUGGACCCCACUCCACUGGGCAGCCCACUGCGGCGACCUGGAAUGCCUGGUGGCGCUGCUGAACGCCGGCGCUGCCACGGACGUGCGGGAGAACAGCGGUUCGACCCCGCUACACUGGGUGGCCAGUCAUGGACAGACAGAGUGCCUGGUGGCCCUUCUGAACGCCGGCGCUGCCGAGGCCAGACGCCCCUCCAAGUCGCCACAAAGCUUGGCCACCUGA